ACCCUGCUGGUCAUCAGUCUGGUCUCUCUGGUGCUGGUGCGAAGUGGACAAAGGCUGUAAUAACAAAUGGACGGCUGGAGAGAGUGUGUGUGUACGCUAAAUGUUGUUAGGAAUGCCAAGAAUUGUGCUACAAGGAGCUGAAAAAAUAUUUCUUACUGUGAGAGAAAGGAUGAGCUGUACAAAUUCAGAGAACACUUUAGCAGGUCCUUAUGGUGAGACAUACCCAGCAUGUCAUGAUGCAAAUGAGGUCAUGAAUAUAAAAGCUGAGGAAGUCGUAGACUCAGAAGAGGAUGCUGAUCAUUUGCCAAUAACCCUUCAAAAAAUAAAGGCCAAAACUGAGAGCUGUACAAAUUCAGAGAAUGUUCUAGUAGGUCUGUAUGUUGAGACAUACCCAGCAGGUCAUGAUGCAAACCAGGCCAUGAAUAUAAAAGCUGAGGAAGUCAUAGACGCACAAGAGGAAGCGGAUCCUUUGCCAAUAACCCUUCAAAAAAUAAAGCCUAAAUGUGAGAGAACGAGGAACUGGCAGAGUUUGACAGGCAAACAUAUAAAGAAGCAUAGGAUGGCCAUGUUGAUGAGCAUGUGAUUUCAGAAGAAAAUACCUUAAUAAUUAAAAGGUUAGCAGAAACCUUCAGCAAAAUUGAUGAGACCGGAUUAUUUUGAAAUGAUGAACCUUUGUAUCAUCAUCAUUCUGCCAAGGUUAAAUGUGAACUGGAAGAUGUAUUGUCAUGCUAUAAAGAAAUUUUAUAAGCAAAAAUAUGAGUUGGAAACCAAGCACCAUUGCAAAAUGCAUACCAUUCAGGGAGAAUUUAGAACUUCAGGCAUGUCCAUCCAGGUUUCAGCACAUAUGCAUGCACACGCACAAAAUGUAAAGUUAUUGGAAGGUAAAAACUGUUGAGAACUUAAAGUUAUUUAUAUAAAGAAUUGCUAUUUUAAUAGUGUAUCAGUUCAGAGUCGGUGUAGGAGUUUUAUCAUGGAUGGCAUGCUACCUUCUCAGGUGAUGGACAUGUGUGGUAACCUCAGAUGUAGCAGUCCUUAUAAACUUGUUUGCAUUGUUGUGGGUGGAAAUCCCCCCUUUAAGGGGGUUCGCUUCAAAUGACACCUUUCCAGUCCCAAUUAACCAUGGAAAGCUAAGAAUCUCUGUACCACCAUGGAAUAUCUAAUGCCUGACACUUCAUUUUCCUGUCAGCGAUGCUUGGCAGAAAUCCCUUCUGAAUAUCUGGCUUAUAUGGUUAUGAGCAAGGCGGUGCACAAAAUUCUGUUUUGUGUGUAUUGGUUUUUAUAUCCUUCAAGUAUAUUGUGUGCUAAAUUACUUCCUUAUGAAAAUAGUUCUGUUAUUCUGUGUUCUCUUUUUAGUAGUCCACAAGUUCUGGAGGAAGGUAACAGCUGUAUCGCAAGAUAUAUGCCCACAUUUAGACACCCAGUCCCAAUAGGAAGCUCUGAAACCAGAAACUUAAGAGCAUUUGAGCAAAUGGUGCUCAAUUUGCCAUAUUCACAGCUUUGUAUUGUAUUAUUAUGACCAUCAACACAACAAAUUCCAAAUAAAUAAAGCGGUGUUACUGUAUUAACAUUUGUUUAUUAUUCUAUAUCCGCUACAUGUUUCAGUCCAGCUGGAUCAUCAUCAGGCAGUUUUCACAAUAAAACACUUGUUAUUGAAUUGUGUUUCUGAUAUGUAUCCAUAUUAACAAUUAUAUUAAUAUUGUCACAUAUAAGGGGUUGUGUGAUGAAUCAAAAUGGGUUCUGGAUUUGAUGAUUGGAUUUAUUGGCAUUUUUUUACAAAUACAAUCACUUAUAACAGCUCACAGUCAAUGACUUCCUAAGGCUCGCUCCAUUCCUUACUGGACUAUGAAUAUCUCUUCCUCAGUGACAAAUGCCGAACAAAGAAUGUCUCCUGAAUAAUGAAUUCUGCUGAACAUUCUCAAGUGUCCUUCCUUUAUAACUUCGUGAGGACUGAACAGAGAUCACCAUGACCAACAUUUCAUGUUAUUGCAUGCUAUUUGUUGUAAUGGAAAUGUGUGUUGCAACUUGCAACCUAGUAACAGAGGUCCUUCCACUGUUGACUGCAUAACCUUUGAAUGUGUUUGCCAGAGCUUUAUCUAGCAAUGUUUUAGUCCAUCACAAUAUAAAUUCCUAUAUCUCAUUAUGUUACUGAAGUGUAGUAUUAUUCAUAAAGGUUAAAGUGUUAAAACGUUGUUUAAAAUCUAUCAGAAUGUUAAUUUCUUGUUAAUUUAAUCUUCAUUCAUUUUUCACUGAAAUAAAUAUCCUUGGUGGUGUGUCAUAGAUGUAGGGGUAAUUUUUUUUAUCUUGAGAGUGAGUGUUGUUUUUAGUCUUGUAGAUAUAUGUUAUGUGGGUGAUGCUAAGUUCUGUAUGUUCUUUUAUUUCUUUCUGUCGUGUUGUGGAUAGCUGUGGUGAAAUUAUUGUGUCUUGUGUGGGGAUAUCGCUUUUUCCUGCCAUUGGAUACUGAGGUUGUUUCUGUCCUAUGGUUUUGUUAGUAAUAAACAAACUUUAAUAAAGUGGCAUUGGUUUAUUUAUUUGGAAUUUGUUCUGUUGAUAGCCAUAUUAAUAGACAACAGGAUGCAUAUAAUAAAGAUAUUCACAGCUGUUUUUCUUUUCUGUCUGACAUCCUUUUGACCCCCCUCU